CGAACGGUCUUGCUGCAAAGAGUAAAUUUAGCCGGAAUAGUAACUGCAGGCUCAGUUCUAUCCCCCAAUCCUUGUUCGCGAAUCCCGUACGGAUUGUCCGGUGCGUGUUUUGUCCUGCGGAAAGGAGCUAUAAACCGACAUCAACGCUUCUAAAAAAAUGUACCGAGGAUGCAUUCUAUAGGGAAGCUGUCAUCCGUCGAUCAACAGAAGAGCCGUGCUAGUACAAUGCAACAAUAUUCGUCCAUAUUACAGGUCGACAGAUUCGUAAUAGAUACGAUGCAAAGCUCUUUUUGCUGCAUCGACCAGUACUUAAGUCAUACUCAGUGCAAUUGAAGAAAAAAGGGAAUCGUUGUGUGCAAUUUACGUUAAAUUAGUAAUAUUAUGUGUGAUGUUUUGUGUGCGUACGUUCGAAAGUGAUCGUUUUGGUGACGAUGGAAGAAAUCGAUAAAGAAAAACGGUGUGUGUAAACCUCGCAGACAGCAGGGCUUUUUCUUUGCGUUCUGUCUGUCGCCUUGCCGCAAACCAACCCCCCACCGACUAACCUCAACCCUCCUCCGGGUGACACACACUCAUACCCCAACGCCGGGCGGCAAUGGCGCAGGUUGGCAACGUGUCGCGAACGUGGUGAACAUUAUCGCUGAGCUGCGCGUAAUUUGACUGGCGAUAAAACGCCGUUAGGGAGAGAGAGAAAAAAAAGAAAUAAUAGCAACCCCCUAACAUGCCGGCCGGGGGUUAUCCUAAGUGUGAACAAAUCAAACAAAAUUUGCCUGCAUGAAAACGUAGAGUGCGGUGAAAAUAGAAGCCGUGCGCCGUAGUGACGUCAUUGUGGUUUUCUCGCGGCUGCAAUCGUGUGUUCGUCGCCGCACGCGGAUGUUUCGAUGUGGUUUUAAAGUGUGCAAAUGUUAGAUGUAUCGUUGAACUGAAUAAAGGGGGAAAGCAAAAAAUAAAAACGAAGAGAAAGGGAGAAAGAGAGACGAUACGGAAAAAGGCCAAUGGUUUGAUUAGCACUGUUGUGUUGCUGUCUUGUGUGGACGGUUUUUGUUUGCCACCUGUAAAACGUACAAAAGUCCCAAGUGUGUUCCCCCCCUUUCCUUCAACCGAGCGAACCGAUCUCACGGAAAGAUCCAACGAUCCAAGAUCGAGUGUGAUCGUCCAAGGGUUCGGAGUUGAAUCCGGAAGCUCCAAGCACACGGAAAGCGGGAAAAAUUAAUAAACAAAACUACUGUGUUCAACAAUAAUUCGGUUGCCAUCUCUUUUCCCGACUCCCAAAACCGCAGCUCGGAAGCAACAACGGGAAAACGCUCUCGUGGGAAGGCGGUAAAAAGGGCUACCUCACGCCGGCCAAAUGCAAUUUGCAGCGCCAUCCGUGUAUCCUUGCACAUUGAAACCGGUUACAACAAUCAACCUUUUCGCCUCCAUUUCCCGUGCUACCUACAAAGCGAAGUGGCCAGGGAAGCGGAGCAGCGGGAAGGAAGGUGAUCAUUUUCGUUUUAAAAACGUCUGUUUCUGUCGAAAGUCAGUCUACUGAAAACUGGUGCGGACUGUUGUCAACUGUGGAAAGUUUUCCCCGGAGGAAGUCGAGCAAAGGAGGGAAAAGCGAAGCUAAGUGGCCGCGUCGUGAGUAAGAACAAAAAAGAUAGACAAAUUUGGCGUACGUGAGCAUGACGAACCCACAGAACCUGAUCCGGGAGAAGGUCAGCGGGCAGCGGAAGCGGUACACCGAGGAUGGCUACAAUCUGGACCUUUCGUACAUUAAGAACAAUAUCAUUGCCAUGGGCUACCCGGCGGACAAGAUGGAGUCCGUCUAUCGCAACAAUCGGGAGGAGGUCAUCAAGUUCCUAAACGAGAAGCACCCGGAAAACUACAAGGUGUACAACCUAUGCACAGAACGGACGUACGACGCGACACCGUUUCCGCACUAUAACGAGUAUCCCUUCGAAGACCACAACCCACCGGACAUCGAGCUGAUCAACAAGUUUUGCGAGGAUGUGCACCGGUUUCUGUGUGAAGAUCCCAAACACGUUGUGGCGAUCCACUGUAAGGCUGGGAAAGGUCGUACGGGUACCAUGAUUUGCUGCUACCUGCUGUACAGCAAAGCCUGCCAGACGGCCGAACAGGCGCUGAAAUUUUACGCCGAAAAGCGCACGUGGGAUCAGAAAGGGGUCACCAUUCCCUCCCAACGGCGGUUCGUGCAGUACUAUGAGCAGCUGUUGCGAAAGCAGCUUAGCUACGAGAAUGUGACACUCUACAUCUGCGAACUGCGCAUCAUUCCCGCCGACGUGCCGCUCAAGUUCGGUACGAUUAAGGUUAAGGGAAGCAAGGAGUCGCUUCCGCUGACGGAGUUCCAGCGCUCUGACGAGUGUGUGACGGUGGUGCUGGACGCGUGCAUGCCGCUGACCGGUAAUGUGAAGGUUGAGUUUGCGCGGGUUCGAAACCUGAAGGAGAAACGGUGGCAUUUCUGGUUCAACACGUUUUUCGUGAAGCAGACGGGGAACUAUGAUUCCCAGGGAAGGUUAGUUCUGACGCUAGAUAGGAUGGAGAUUGACGACGCCCAUAAAGGUAACACCAAAAAGUGCCCAGAACAGGUGCAAGUGUUUUUCAAACCGGUACCUGCCAGCGGUAAGUACUCGGAAAACAUGGCGGCCAAUCGGAAGCUGAUGCCGGCGCAACCGCAGCCCCUGGUCGACGGAAAUCAGACCUACGGCACCACCAACAACCAUCAUCUGUACCGGCAUCAUCAUCAGCACCACAAUCUACAGCAACAACAACACCAUCUUGCCCUGGUGGACGCCUCCAAGCAGCAGCAGCAGCUGCAGCUUUCCAAUAAUGCCAAUUUCAACAACGAACCCGUGCACAACUUUCACCACCGUGGUGUGGCGAACAACAAUCGGCCGUCGUUGGACAACAACCAACAACAGCGGCAGCAGAACAGUGAUAGUGGCAUUUAUGGGAACAUCGGAAACCAGCAGUUCGAUGUAGCCUCCUCCGCCUCGAACUCACCCUCGUCCAAGGUGAACUACAAGAAGCAGCCAAAGCCGCCGUCACAGCUGCAAUCGACGACGGUGGUGGCGACGGCGGCGCACCAACAGCUGAACCAUUCCGGUGGCUCGUCGGAGGAAAUCUCCGGCACCGACUCCGUCGAGGAGGACGAUUACGAGGAAGGCGAUGAGAAGGAAGAGGAUGAUGAAGAGGAAGAGGAGGAAGAGGAGGAAGGAUGGGAGUCCGGUGAAUCGACGCAUCUUUGAAAGCACGCGUGCGCACUUUCUUUCGCUUCCUUUCGUCCACUCCAACAACAACACACACGUCCUCCCAAAAUACACAAAUACAUCCCCUUGUAAACCCCGAGCGCACUGCACACCGCACCGCACUGUACCAACGUACAAAUAGAUGUAUAGAUUUGCGUCUAGGAAAGGAAAGGGGAAGGGAAGAAAGCACACACACAUACACAAAUACAACGAUAGAAAAUGCUCACGCACCUGUGGCCGAUGUGGCCGCGCACAGUUCAACCACUUACCCCGACCCGCGUCAAACAACUCAGUCGUUAUGAGUUCCGGUGAUGUGGGAUUGCGCUAGCAGCAGCUUUCCCGAAAUAUAGUAACUAUCGUAGAGAUUAACAUCGACACACCGUAUCUGUUUGUUGUUGGUAAGAAAAAUGUGUCAUCGUCAAUCCUAGUUUCCGUGCGUGUUGAGUAUGUGCCUGUCUCCGGUUGACUUUGCUUUCCCUUUUUUAUAAUUAGUCGGCAACGACUAGCAAAAGCUUCGAAACAUACCGACUUUGGGCUCCCGCAGAAAAUGAUAUUGUGUAAACAGAAGCUGCUUAUAAUAUGUAUUAGCCACCUUUAGGAGUAAAAUCGAUGUGUAUAGUUCGACCAUCAUUCGUGUAUGUACAAUAUUAUACCGUGUAGAGAUCUAGGAUAAGACAAACAAAACCAGGCGUCAUGGUGAUAAGCGUUAGGAGUGGUGUGGGGACGGUUCGGUUUUGAGGUUGAUGCAGAGGCAAACGAUCUUUUCCCACUUCAUUGUGUCGUCCCUGUGUGGGUUGGUGAUCGUAAGAAUGAGUUUCGUUUCCGUUACGUGAAUCGAUUGAUUGAACGUGAACAAACGAGCCGAGCUAGGAAAACCGACUAUCGGACAUGCAAUACUGACUUCCAAAACCAUAUAAAUUUUGAGUUUAUAAAACUCUUCGCUACUUGUCAGAUGGUACGUUUUAGUUUAAAAGAUUUAAAAUUAAAUUCAUUUUCAAGUGUUGCACCACACAUCAGAUCCUAUUCGAUAUAGUUUUAUCCGUUUAGCAACUUAUCACUUGGAAGCGAUUGUACAGUAUGGAAAGGAAACAUAAAUAAAUUACGAUAUUUUACAUCUUUAAGAGAAACGAUGAAAGGGCGAAAAAAUCCCGGAUGUACCUCGUUUGGGAAAAGGCUCAUCGCCAAACCGUGCCGGACCUCGAAACGUACGUUCAUAUUCGAUAUGCCAUUUGGAGGCUGUAGGACGAGCCCAGCCAAGGAACAGGACAAACUCAUUGUAAGCCGUCGGCCAUAAUAUCGCGUUGCUCGAUGGAGUAAACUCUCUCUCUCUCUCUCUCCCUUCCUUUCGUGACGUAAGGCUUUCGUUUUGUUCCGCGACGGGAAGCAUAAGAUAGUGAUAGGAACGUAAAAGUAGUACGGUACAAGCGGCCGGUCUCGGUACAGCUGGAAGCCGGUAGUGUUCGUCCAGCGUUGCUGUUAUUGUGGAGCACACACACAACACACAAAAUUAAAUGGCUGUGGUAAAUAAGUUAAAUUUCGAAUGUUGUAGGAACGAUCCGCGAGUUCCCUGUCUCCUCUCAACCCCCUUUGUGACGCGUCAUCGCAUGGGGGAGUGCAAGAGCUCCAUGUUUCUUUUAAUUGUCCGUUUGACAUACGCACGAUAGCGUCGCGUUUCACUUAGAUUGCAGAGUAUUAGGGAAGCAGCUUACAUUUUGUGCAUUUGUUUUUCCAUUGGGUAGUGUUAGCGUUCUU